GUGAAAUCAGUCGCAUCCCGACCUUACUGGCCGCUCAGCUUGAUCGAUUCUAUUUUUUUUUUUCACUCGUUUUAUUUAGUGUUCUUCGAUUUUUGUUCCCCCCCUCUUUUUCGUAAAUUGGCAGUAGUCAGGAGACCAUUACAUUGUUUUCGCAUCAUCUGCCACAACUGUAACAAAAGAAAACUCGCUCCUCUUUUGCUCUUCUCUCAAAGAACAAAAAAAAAAAAAAUAAAAUGAAUUCACAUCAACAAAUGCAGCGGGUCUCCGAGCUGCGGAUGCGCCGGUGGGGUCGGCACGAAGCGUCAGCCAGUUCCAGUAUCAGCGCCAGCGAACUGGAACUUUCGUUGCGUACCGCUUCUCUCAACACUUCGUUCUCCACGUCGGAGACGAUAUGCGAAACAGCCACCACCACUUCUUCUCCAUCGACGAGGGAGAGGCGCAGUGGCGGAUCGUUCAAUGUCACAUCGCGCACAGCGUCCACGGCCAGCAGUGAUUCACCGGUCAAUUUCGAAUUCUGCCGGGCAGGCAGUAGUACCGGCCAGUCUAACUAUCACGGCGGAGGUGGCGGAUCUCGGGCGGCCUCUCCGCUUUUAAACGGCAGUUCGCCAUGCCCUAGUCCGACCCCGCGUAGCCCGAGAAGUCCGAUGACUCCACGCAGUUCACGCAGUCCGUGUCGUUCGCCCAGUAGCCAACAACCAAGUCCCGGCCAUCAAACACCGACGUCCGCAAGUCCGCAUCCUUAUUCUUCGAGGAGAAGAUCGGGAGUGGCGACGGGAAACUUAGCGCGUUUAGCAUCGCGUCGAUCGAGCCGCGAUUCCGAGGCCGGAGAACCGUCACCGUUGCAAUGCGUUCGCAAUAAUCAGCGUAGAACUUCUAAUUUUCUAGAAAUACCCGAUCCGGUGCAUUUCCGUCCACGCGUCUGCAGCUUGCCAGAGAACUCGCGGGCGCCAUACAACCCGCGCUCGCGUGACGACAUCUACCGACUGCGCAACUUUUCCAUCACGAGUAAAGGCGUCGUGAAUCGCGGCGAUGCGCUCAUCUCGCGCCAUUCCCGUUCUAACACUAGCAUCAAUUCCACGUUGACGGCGUUGAGCAGUCGGAGCGGAAGAAGCCGAAGCGGUGAGCGAUCCUUUGGCGGAUCGUGUUGUGGUUCCAGUUAUGUCUCGUCAGAAGAAAGCAGCGACCAUUCCAACACCAAAUAUCGAGUCGUCAUGCUAGGCGCAGCCGGUGUAGGCAAAACGGCGCUCGUCUCACAAUUUAUGACAUCCGAAUACAUGAACACCUACGACGCCUCUUUAGAUGACGAGUUCGGUGAGAAAACUGUCAGCGUGCUUCUCGACGGCGAAGAAUCCGAAAUGAUUUUCAUCGAUCACGCCAGUGCGGAGAUGUCGGUGGAAAAUUGCUUGACGACCUACGAUCCGCACGCCUUUGUGCUCAUCUAUUCGAUAACGGACCGUGGGAGUUUCCAGUUUGCCGAAGAGGUUCUCAAAUACUUGUGGCAAGAGUCUUGCACCAAAGAGAAGGCUGUGAUCUUGGUCGGUAACAAGGUCGAUUUGGCUCGAUCCCGAAUCAUCAAAUGUGAAGAUGGCAAGAAACUAGCCACUGAACAUGAUUGCAAGUUCAUCGAGACGUCGAGUGGUAUCCAACAUAACGUGGACGAACUGCUGGUCGGCGUCCUGAAGCAAAUCCGGCUACGGGAGGAUUUGGACAAGAAACGUCGGAAGAAGAAAUUGAUGGGAAGUGGUUCUCGCACGUCAUUGUCACUCGGCGUUGCUCGCGACAUUCUCCAGAAGAUGUGUCUCCAAGACAAUCGAUCUAAAUCGUGUGAAAAUCUUUUAGUUCUCUGAAAACCUUUUCUGUUUUUUUGAACAGAAAAUCUUUUUUCCUGUUUCAAUCGUGGUACAUUGUUCACGGAUUGCCGUUCUCCGGCUUUAUAUACUGGUCCCAUAUUAGACACUUUAGAAGUUGCGUUCUUGUUUUUAGCCAAAGCUUUUCGAAAGCUUCCGUACAUUAAAAGAAACUGAAACUGUCGAAAUGCGGCUUGACGAUGACUCCACGAACGAUUUCAUGACCAAUCAGCAGAACUAUUUUAUACAUUGCUGAGCAUCACCAUAGAUUCAGCCGGUGACCAUUACGGUUUUGUUACGUUGUCCGUGUAUAUCUGUAUAGGUUUACGCAGCGUAUGCUGUCACACAAGUUCCGGCGCUCUGCGGGCAGCGUCUUUCCUCGCACCAAUUUAUAAUUACACAAGUUUAUACAUCUAUUUCAAUCCUCAUUCCUACACAUUUAAACCGAUGGAAUUCGCAUUGAAAUGAUGGCGUUGGGAUGCUUGAAAAAAUGUUUCAAUUCUCUCCUUUUGUAAAGUACCGUUUCCUAGUGCCAUACUGUAAUUUAAAUUCUCCUUUUCGAUCUAACUCUUGGGAAAAACUUUCACGUACGAUGAAAGGAAGAAGCCAUUGUUUAUUUGCAUUGCUUAAAUUCCUGAUGACUCACGUUAGCUAUACAAUGAUUGUUUAUCAGGUCACGCAAAACAAAUAGCACUAGAGCAGCACAAGCGUUGAUUUCUCUUCCGAUCUUAGGAUGUUAUCGUAUCGAUUUGAAUAAAAUGUGGAAGUAAGUAUAAAAAUACAGCUACUCUCAAUUUUCUCGUUGAGGAUUUUGGAUUUUCAACUUGAGGAUUGCAGGGUAAUACAUUGAAAAUUUUUUAUUUAUUUUUUUAAAUGUACAAAUAGCAUUUUCUCUCAUGUCUUCUCUUGUAAUCUAGUAACACAGACACAGAUAGAGAUUCGACUACGGCCAGUAGAAUGGUGAAGCCUGUUUUCGUGUACAAUUGUCAGGCAAAGUUUCAUAACAGGUGGCAUUCAGAGAAAGUCGUUCGAUUACAUCACUGUAAGCAUUUUUUUAAAAGCCAAACGUGCGUGCAAGACUGUCGGGGGUAUACGAUGUCCAGCUUACGUAAAAAGGAAGGAAUUACACACACAGCUUUGGUGCGGUGUAUAACCUGAUGAAUGAAUGGCAACCAGAGGAAAUUUUUCGAUCUCCAUAUCACCAAACCCCUAAAUGCGUAAAAAAAAAAUACAUCGUCGGUCAUUAUCCGAUGUGAAAAGCGCACGUUAUUUUACUUCCCGCUUGCGUUGCGGUUGGGCUUACCCAAACCAGCCUCAAUUCUUGGCCUUCUCCAAUAUUUUAAUGCUGUCAUCUGUAUGUCCUUGUAUUCACAUUCAUCUUUUUUUUUAAAUUUAACUAUAUCUAUUUAAAUUAUCUUCCGUAAUUUUUCUUCCUUUUUAUUAAGUAAGGGAGAGCAUCAUAUUUUUACGAGCCAUUUACCCUAUUCUCCUGUACCAACCUUGGUGUUGUGAUCUUCAGCCAUUUCGUCAUAUCUCAAUCUCUCUAUGAUUUGAACUAUACGUUUUGGAUGAAAAAAAAGUCUUUUUUUUUUGUAAUACACA